CUCCCCCCCCCAACCUCGAAUUAAAAGUUUCCCGGUUUCUUCGUCCCCCCGCCCCCCCACCUCCCUCCUUCGCUGAGACUUGGGAUUGAAAGAGUCGCCGAUGGGAGGCUCUCAGAGCGCGGCGCUUCCCGGCGGCAGGACCGAGGGAUUUCAUGUUCUUCGGGUGCAGGAGAACUCCCCAGGGUACUGGGCUGGGCUGGAACCGUUCUUUGAUUUUAUCAUUUCAGCAGGUGAUACGAGACUGGAUAAAGAUGACAACGCGCUGAGGGAUCUGUUACUAGGCCAUGUGGAAAAAUCUCUCAAAAUGGCCAUUUACAACACUAAGACACAGGCUGUUCGGGAAGUCAGCGCGACACCCAGUAACCUGUGGGGUGGACAGGGGCUGCUUGGAGUUAGCAUUCGGUUCUGCAGUUUUGAAGGAGCAAAUGAAAAUGUCUGGCAUGUUUUGGAAGUGGAGCCCAAUUCCCCUGCUGCACUGGCUGGUCUGAGGCCAUACACAGACUACAUAAUUGGAGCUGAAGCCAUUCUCCGUGAGUCUGAAGAUUUGUUCUCUUUGAUCGAAUCCCACAACGGAAAGCCACUAAAGAUCUAUGUGUACAACACUGACACAGACAAUUGUAGGGAGGUGAUUAUCACGCCUAACAGUGCAUGGGGUGGAGAGGGCAGUUUGGGCUGUGGGAUUGGCUAUGGAUACCUGCAUCGGAUACCAAUCCAUAAGCAUCUAACCGAGAGAAAGAUAUCACCGGUUCUCCGAACUAGCCUGCCUUCGAGUCCCAUGGAGGCAAAGAAACCAAUGGGAGUACAAGUUCCUCUUUCAGCUCCAAGUGCUCCUGCAAUGAGUAACAUGCCCUCAGGUCUGCCAAAGGAGCUGAGCGAUCUCAGGCUGGGAACAACAUCUCCUUCAGUCACAGGCACAUUCACACCAGGUUCUGCCGGUGUUCCGUUGUUCCCUUCCCCUUUGAAUGAACCCUUCACUGUGUCGUUAGCCAAUGCAACCAUCUCCACUACUGUGCCAGGUCUGAUAACUGCACCACCUGCGUUUACCAACCUACCAAAUUUUCCGAACCUAAAUGUGGCUUUUCCCAAUCUUGCUGUGGGGUCUCUACCAGGGUUAAGUGGGAAUCCCAUGGCCACCUCCACAGGUUCACUCAUGUCGACCACCAGCCCAGUCUCACAUCUGGCCUUCUCGAACCUCCCUCCUGCUGAUCCUGCCAUGACUCCUGUACUUCCAUCCUUCUCUACGGUGCCACCAUUUUGCCCCAGCCCCUCGACUACAUCAGAAAGCAUUACAGCACCUUUUCACUCUCAGUGGAGUGAAGUCUCGGACCCUGCGCCUGCAGUAGCCCAGGAAUAGUCUCCUGCUGGCAGCUGAGACAAAAAAUUUGUCUUCCGCACUUGUUUUGAUGAAACUGGCAGAAGGGUAUGGUCUACUCAGACAGUGCUAAUAAACUACAGAGGGAUGCCUACCCCAAAACAAUACUACUGCCAAGAUUCUAACUGAGUAGAAGCAGCCCUAUUUUACUAAAACAAAAGGCUUCCCAAUUUAGCAAUAUGUAUGUAGAUGUCAGUCUGACUCUUAGCAGCAUGACAAUCAUUUAAGAAAAACCAUUCCAGAUAAACUAACAGAGUUCUAAGCUGAACAUAGAAUUCCAGUGUAUCAAGUUCCAACCCAUUCAUCCUUCCGCACAAGACCACUCCUCCCGUUCAUCUUUUCAAUACCUAGCGCGCACACAACGUUCUAACUGUAGCACAGCUCGAUCAUCUUAGCAUGUUAUGGUUUCUUAUUUUUUAAAAAAAAGGUAUUUUGAAUAAUAGUGUUUUAACAUCAAUAUAGUGACCACUCCAGCAUCAUUUGCUAGGACUACGAGCUGAUUAAAGUUUGAGGCAUAGCAGUUUACAAAAGCAUUCCUCAAAAGAAAAUCCGUGUAUUAAUUCCCACUGUUUUGUCAAGUUGAGUAGUUUUAUUUUUAUCUGCCUAGUAUAGAUUCUGUUGCAGCAUGAAUGAUUAUUAAAGAUGCUGAAAUACAGGUUCUCCUUUUUGUCUUCUCAGUAUGUUAGAACUCGUGGUCCAUAACCUUGAACUGUUGUCAUUGAGGCAUUUUAACAAAUAGGUUGUGUUUUAUCAGUUUUCAGCAGCAAUCAGACAUCAGUAUUGCAGAAUGCCAUUAACUGUUUUACUUAUCCUGGGAAGAUACUAUUGAAAUACUGUAUGUAGUUUGCUUAUGAUUUAAUGUUAACCCAUUUGCUGUUGACUUAUGACAAUAUUAUGAUUUCAAUUUAUUUUCUUUUUUGUUCUCAGUACUGGACACUAGGCCUAUUAAGUUGAAGAUACCUGAGUAAUUUGAGGAGAGGGGCGACUGGGGUAAAAUUCCUCUGGUCGACAGAGAGGUUUCUUAUUUCCCUACUUGGGUUGAUUUUUCUGUAAAAUGUCACCCCAAACGUUGAUCACUAAUCCAGUCUCUUAGUUAGGUAAGACCUUGUAAGGUUUAUUAAUAGUGUUCCAAUAUUUUUCUUUUUUAACCUUAAAUUCUGUUGUUUAUAUUGUCUUGCUGAUUGGUACCCAAAUAUUCUGAUAUUAUUGAAACAUCUAAUUCAGCUCCAAAAGCGACCCCAACAAUGAUUUGAAUUAGAUUGCCUGAAAAUUUGUAUCACGAUGGGUACACAAGUCAACAGUUGAUCACUUUCCCUGGGCCACCUUCUGUGGACUUCUGCAUGUUUAUAAGCCACUGUGACACUGGAAGCUUGUAUCCACAAAGAGCACGUGGUCUGAUUCUAUGUGAACAUUGUGGCAGCUUUCUCCCUGCUUUGUCUUUCACUGUGAUGAUUAAGGCUGAUCACGGGGCUUGAGUUGACGUGCUUCAAAGGUAACUUCCAAUCAAAUGGCAAACUGAGUCACUUUUAAUGCAUUGCUUUUCAUAAUCCUCCUGCCUUUUGGGCAGAGCCCUGCUGAUUAGGAAUCUGUGUGUUUUGUGGUAAUCGUGAAUGAGGGAAGCCAUUUGACCCCCUUGUCUUUCUGGAUGGACAAGUUACCCUACAGUCAAUUCUUCAUUUGUGAAAGUGGGAAGAAAAUACUUGCCUGUUUGAAUUAUUAGACUGCUUCCGGUCAAGAGAAAAUUGCCAAGAAUUUUUUUCCCUCAAAACACUCAAUUCUUUCCCCCUCCUCCUUCAAUCUCCUUUCCCCAAUGAUCCUCUUCACUUACGAUGAGUUCAUUCUGCAGCUUUAACACUACCUACAGCAAAAUUUGCAAAUUGCUUGUGAUAUAGGCUUAUUGCUGUGAAGUCAUAAAACUGAGUCCCAAAUCACUUAUCAUGGUGUAUAAUCCACUGCCUUGCAUGCAAGUGAAUUAUAUGCUUUUUAUUUUAAACAUGGGGGCUGGUUGGGACUUUUGCAUAUAAUGGACUCAAAUGUACAAGAAUUCUGAGAAAGACCAGACGGCUUGUAGAACUGGAAUGAUUCUCUUCACUUGAGUGGCAGAAAGCAGGAGUUGUAGACUCUUGCUUUCCUCAUCCUUCGUUUUAUAUAAAGAUACUGGACCAAUUUUUUUUUUUAAACUGAGCUAUACUGUGUUAAAGCCCUUCAUGUGAUUAUUUUUUGUAAAAUGAGAUGCUAGCUGUUCCUAGGCAUCCGGGUGUCAUUAUUGAGCAUGAGUUGCCUGUUUCUGUAUGCCCCAACAGUGUGCCAUUGUGACUUGACAACGACUUGGUUAUUAUGGACAUCACGCUCUAGUCCAAGUUACUGACUGCAAUAACUUAGUAAUAUACAGUAUAGAUUUUAAAAGGCUAUUGUAUUUUUGGGAGCACUCAGAUUGUAGUUCAAUAGCAUGGAAAUUCAAUGAUUUUAUACGUCUUAAUGUCCUGUAAUGUUUGUUUUAUAAGAAAGUUUAAUGUUUACUGUGAAAUUUCACUUUACUGUAAAUGUACAGUCCUUUGCUUUGGAACCAUCAAUAAAGAUGGCAAUUAC